AUGCUAAAGUCAACAAUUAUAGACAAUCGGGUGCGAAUUCGCCCAUCCAAGAAGGUAUUGGACUUUUUGGCCAAUCAAAAAGAACAUUUUACACAAGUGACUGACAAUGUGGCCAAGUUAAUGAAAACAAAUGGGUAUGACCUACCAGAGAACAUUGUUAUUCUUAAGGAUGACGGUGAAAUCAUAGCUAGACCAAAAAUUGAUAAUGUCCUUUUGAAAAAACUAAUUGGCGAUGUCCCCGAUCCCGUGAUUAAGAAGGGGAAGUCACACAAGCAGAAUGAGAAGCCGAAGCAGGAAGAAGACGGUGUGGAUGUGGAAGAGGAUGAAUUAAAGCCAGUUAAGGGGCAUUUUCUAUAUUUAAAAGAUUGCCAUUGGCUUAAUAAUACUUUGUCCGAUCUACGCAAGCGUAAAAUUUGCGAGAUCUUUCUUUAUGAGCUUAUUGAAUCAUCAGAACUCAUUUUGCCAGAAAAUGAGUUGAAACCACGUAACCCAGAACUGGAGAAACGCUGCCAGCGGCUUCGGGAAGAGCAGCACAAUCGCGAAUACCACAAGAUGACCAAAAGUGUCGACGCCGGCCUAAAAUAUUAUCCUGAAGAUACCAUAUCUUAUCAAAUCAAGAGUCUUAAUAAACAAAUUAUUGCCGUGGCGCAGUUCAUUUUUUCGGUGGCAGCCGGUUUUACUUUUGGAUUCUUUGGCGUAAAUCUAAUGGUUGGUCCUCUUCCUUUUGGAUUUCGCAUUCUUCUCGGUGUAAUGGCAGCUUUGGUCAUUGCCCUGGCUGAAAUGUACUUCCUGGCUAAGAAAUUGCACGAGUAUGAUGAAGUCUUAGAUGCACCCAAGCGUAAAAAAGAGGAAAGACCAAGAACUGCUGCCUCCACAAGCCGGGUGGAAGCUCUUAAGCCACAUUCUGAUUAAUCUUAGACCGGAUUUCUCGGAUUUUCGCCUAAAUUGUAUUUAGUUGCAGUUGCACUCUUAAUAUAUAUAUAUAUAUUUAUAUAAAUAAC